AUCUGAAAACCUAGACGCGGAAGAGGGUGUGUCAUGUUGACCUGAAGCUGUUAGCCUGCUAGCUGCUAGCUGCUAGCUGCCGGCAGCUGAUGAGUUCCUGAUAAAAUGCCGAGAGUCGGAGCUGAGGAGGAGCUGCGGACUCUGACGGAGUGUCAGUACAGUUACCCUGUGGAGGUCCUGAGUGAUGUGAAGAGGCUACGCUCCUCCUUCUCUGAUCUGCGCCUCCAUGUGGAUUUUUACUGUUUUCCAAACAAAGAGAAGAAGAAGCUGGUUUACCUGGCCGGGACCGUACCUGUUCACUAUGAAGGAAGUGAGUAUAAUAUCCCAGUGUGUAUCUGGCUCCAUGAGACCCACCCUGUGUCCCGGCCUCGCUGUUACGUCUGUCCUUCUGGCUCCAUGGUGAUAAACCCCUCCUGCCCAUGCGUGGACGCCUCCGGUAACAUCAGCCUGGACGGACUGGCGAACUGGACUCAGGGUGGGUCCAACCUGUUGCUGCUUGUGUCAGAGAUGAGGCGGGCCUUCCAGAAGGAUACGCCCCUUUAUGCCAGGUGUCCCGUACAAACCCCGCCCCCUGCAGGUGUGCAGGUGUCACAGUCAGCUGGAAGCACCUCCUCCUCUCCGCUCAGCCAGCGUCUCCCCCUCACUUGUUCUCACCCGUCUGGACCAAAAGCCAUCCAGUGGGAGCAGAGCAGGGAGGUGAGGGUGAGGAGGUCGUAUACCGAGGAGUUGCUGGGGAUCGACUUCAGUGCUCCUCCUCCUUCAUCUUCCUCCUCCAAUAACCACAGCAACCCCUUUCUGAGCUGCUCCUCCUCCUCAGGUGUCCCCCCUACAGACCCUCUUAGCAGGAUGAUGGGAACUCUGAGGCUCGACAGGGAGUCCAGCAGAGACCAGCGGGCUGACUCACCUGUGCGUACGGUCCAAUCAGAAGCUGCCAAAGGCAAACAUAUGGCAGGAUGUGUGGUUCUGAUUCCGGGAUCUGGGCCAGCAGCUGGACUGCAACAGGGCCUCAGUACACAGAGACUUCCGUCACAACCGGCAGCUGGAGUGGACCAUAUGAAGAUGGCGGCUCGUCUUCCUCCAAACCAGGCCGCUAUAUUCCUGUCUCUGAUGACCAUGGAGGGGAGGAGCUUCAGCCCCACUGAUGUGAUGGAGGCUGUCCAACUCAACAGAGAUUUCCCAUCAGCCCUCAAGUUUCUGACUUACAGCUGCCCCAUCUGUCAAGAGCAGGUGUCCUUCAGCAAGAUCAUCACCAUGACUCACUGCUCCUGUUUUCUGUGUCAGACGUGUUUUAAGACGUUUUUCUCGUCAGCCAUUAAAGAGAAAAGUAUCGAUCAACUGGUUUGUCCUCAGUGUGGCCGACCUGAGGUCAGAGGUCAGGGAGGGAUGGAGGAGUCCAUGGACUACUUCAACCUGCUGGACACACAGAUCCGUCACUUCCUGCCUCCUCAGAUCCACGAACUCUUCCAGAGGAAACUCAGAGACCGGGCUCUGCAGGAGAUGCCCAACUUCAGCUGGUGUGCUCAUUGUUCGUUCGGCAUGCUUCAUGAAGCCGACAGGUUGAGGAUGGACUGCCCCAGCUGUAAGAAGAGUACCUGCUGUCAGUGCAGAUCACCUUGGUCUCCCCAACAUCAGGGACUCUCCUGUGACCAGUUCAGAGUCUGGCAGCAGCAGAACCAGCCAGACCACCACAACACCUCCCUGCUCAGCUACAACAGCAUCGAGUGUCCAAACUGUCAGUGUGUCUUCAGUCUGUGUAGAGGAGGUUGUCUUCACUUCACCUGCAGUCAGUGUCAGCAUCAGUUCUGUGGAGGCUGCAGUCAACCCUUCACUCCCGGCUCUGCCUGCGGUUUUUCUGCUGACUGUAGAACCAAAGGUCUUCACGCCCACCACCCCAGAAACUGCCUUUACCACCUGAGAGACUGGAGCGUGGCCAGGCUACACCUGCUACUGCAGUAUUACAGAGUGUCUCCUACCUGGCUGGAACCAACAAAUGGCAGCUCACCUGGUACCUGUCAGACAGGAGUGUGUCUGGUUUUGGAGCUGAGAGACGAAAGCAGCAGACGGGAGGAGCCCUGUGGACGACCUGCUCUACCCGAGUACAGAGGAUACUGCCAGUUGCAUUAUAAGGAGCGUUUGGUGGCGCUGAUUAACCGUUGCAGUGCCGACCCGGCAGUCCUCUUCAGCCCGGCAGAAAUGAUGGCGGAGCUGCAGCGCUGGCACGUCACUGUGCCGACCCAGAAACCAGACGAACCAGAGCCUCUGUACGCACACCGCCUCCGCCUGACUCUGACCAAUAGCGUUCCUCUCAGGAAACAGCGACGCUUUCCACUCAAGGACGCCCUCUGACCUCUGACCUCUGCUGUGGCUCCUGGAGCUCCGCCCCCUCACCUGCUGCUGAGCGACUGACUGAUUCUGCCCUCUCCUCACACAGCAGCCAAUCAGGAGGCAGUGAUCUGUGUCACCAUAGUAACCACUAACUUUAUUUCAUUGGGGACAUUUUGGAGACAAAGCCGCCAUCAGUGAAGUCCCAGGAGGUUUUCAUCUGCUGUGACAUCACUGAUAAGGUGUGUGGUCAGAACCUGAUGUGACAUCACUGAGGGGGCGUGGUCAGUGUUUCCAGGCUGAAAACAGAUCAAAGUCCUCGCCUGUCUCAAUCCCAGUGACAUCAUCAGUCUGCUGUUGGACCAUGCAGCGAGCAGCCAAUCAGAGUUUCACUUUUAAAUGUUCAUGUUGGUGUCGACUGAAGCGGCUGCAGCAGGCGUUAGCUUAAUAAGCACUUUGAGACAUCGUUCUAACGAGCUAACGAUGCUAACAUGUCUCCUCUGUACUUAAGUAUCCAAUUCUGCACCAGUUAGCCUUUGUUAGCAUGUGUUAAUGUAGGUAAACGUGUCUUCUGGAUGGGAGUAGAACCCUCAACCUUCUUCUGCUUUAUUUCUUUCUGCACUUUAACUGUUUGAAUAUUUAAUAAAUAAUAUCUUAAUACAC